AUGAUCAAGUUGAGGACAGUGACGAAAGAGGAGAUGAAGGUGCGCGAGGGCGUGGCACUGCGAGUUACUUUGGCGGGCCGGCAGUUGUGGGUCCAAGCGAUGAUCCUGGAUGGGCCGGUGGUGCCGCUCCUGUUGGGCAUGGAUGUGCUGGCGGCGGCAAAUCCUGUCAUCGAUCUGGCGACUCGGACGGUGCGGUUCGAGAGCAUGAAGCCGGUUCGUGUCAGAGGCAAGGGCAGUCUGGGCUCGGGCGUCAUUGGCGUGGUGCAGCAGGACGAGGCUGCGCCCGCGGUGGUUGCAAAAGCGGCGGACGUGCAGAACGAGGCUAAGCCGGCGGUGGCGCAAGUGGCGCGGGACGAGGCUAAGCCGGCGGUGGCGCAAGAGACGGAGGCUCAGGACGAGACUAAGCCGGCGGCGACGACAGAGGCCAAGCCGGCGGCAGCAGCGGAGGAGGCGAAGCCAGUGGUGACGGGGACCAAGCCAGCGCCGGUGGCGAUCCAGCGGGAAGCGUCGGAGGCGAGGUUGCCGUCGUCAGUGGUGGCGUUCCGGCGACGUCGGAAGCGACAGAAACGGCGUAUGUUUGUGCGCUUGGUCGCGGCGGCCGAUGCGCUGGAGGUGGUUCUGCCCGAGGCGUACGCAGAGUUCGCUGAUCGUUUUGAGCCGAGCGGACCCAAGAAGCUGCCCGUGAGCCGACCUGGUUUUGAUGCGGUGAUCCGGAUUGACCCGUCCAAGCAGCUCAGGUGCGACCCGAACCGCAAGUUUGGCCGUGGCAAGGAGGAAGCCCUGAGGAAGUACGUGGAUGACGGCCUGAAGACUGGCAUGAUUGUGGAGUCCGAGUCCGCGUUCUGCUCCCAGCCCAUGUUCGUCAAGAAGGGUGAUGGCUGGCGCGUCUGUAUGGACUCCCGGCGUCUGAAUGAGGCGACGAUCAGGGAUCGGUACCCGUCGCCUGAUGCCUUGGCGUUGAUUGACAAGCUGAAGGGCGCGAAAAUUUUCAGCAAGUUUGAUCUCACGAGCGCGUUCUGGCAAGUGAGAUUGAGCGCCGACAGUGAGAAAUACACGGCGUUCCCGUGCGACGGCAAGCUGUACCAGCACAGGGUCAUGUGUUUCGGGUUGGUCAACGCGCCGGCGAUGUUCCAGCGUCUGAUUAAUGAGGUCUUGGGCCCGCUCUCCGCUUUCGCUGGAGGGUACUUUGACGACAUUAUUGUGUUCCCCAAGACGCCGGAGGAGCACGAGCUCCACGAGAAGCAGAUGCUAGCUCGGCUGAGGGAGUUUGACCUCCGGAGUGGCGGUGGAUCCUCGCAAGGUGCAGGCGGUCCUCAACUGGAAGCCGCCGACUGA